AACUCUGCCUAUGCAUCCGACUACACUAGCACUCCAACAUCAUCAACACCAAAGCUAAAAGAGUAUACACCUGAUUACACUAGUAACCCAUCAUCAACAACACCCGAGCAAAAAGACUAUACACCUGACUACACUAGCAAACCAUCAUCAACAGCUCCCGAACAAAAAGACUAUACACCUGAAUAUAAUAGCAAGCCAUCAUUAGCAACACCAGAGCCAACAAAUUAUGCACCUGACUACUCUAGCCACUCAUCAUCAGAAACCUCAGAACCAAUAAACUAUGCACCUGACUACACUAACAACCCGUCAUCAGCAACACCAGAGCCAACAAAUUAUGCACCUGACUACUCUAGCCACUCAUCAUCAGAAACCCCAGAACUAAUAAACUAUGCACCUGCCUACACUAACAACCCGUCAUCAGCAACACCAAAACCAAUGGACUAUGCACCUGACUACUCAAGCAACCCAUCGUCAACAUCGUCCGAGUCGAUAAACUACGCACCCGAUUACUCCAGCAAUUCAUAUGCUAAACCUGCCAAGUGUCCAAAGGAUACUCUUAAACUAGGUGUAUGUGUCAACUUAUUGAAAGGUUUGUUGGGUGUUACAGUAGGUACCCCACCACAUGCUCCUUGUUGUAGCCUUAUUGGUGAUCUUGUUGAUCUUGAAGCCGCUGUUUGCCUUUGCACAACGAUUAAAGCUAGUCUCUUGGGCAUUGACUUGACUCUUCCCGUCGACCUUAGCUUAUUGCUCAACUACUGUGGCAAACAAUUGCCAAAAGGAUUCCAGUGUUCGUAA